AUGCUACCACAAAAGAUGUCGUACCGUACAAUUGCUUCAACUGAUUCAGAGUCAUGGAGAGACCAAAAAACAAAAACUUCCAAAAAAGUAGGAGCACUGAGAGCAGCUCGUGUGAAAACUGGAAAUAAAAAAAUAGAUCUACCUCCAUUAAGUGAUUUUGAUAAAAAAGUCUUUGGUUUGAUGGGUCAUGAUUAUGUUGAAGGAACUGAAUGUGCAGACUAUUGGCCAGAAGAACAAGAGGAUAAUAUUGAACGUUUAGUUGCUGGAGAUCAAGGGAUAUUUGAUGCUGAACCUUCAGUGUUAACUUUGAGGCAAACUACCGAUAUAGAUCCAGUUACAAUAAAUGAGAACAUAAAUGAUCUGGAUGAAUUGUUAGCUACAGUUGAUGACAACUAUGUAGUAUUACAACCUUAUUGUGAAGAUGAGUUUACAUCAAAACAUCUUUUACAAGAAACUUCAAUUUCAGCUUCCAUAGGACCAUCCCAAUCUACUCCAAAAAGUAAUUUACUAGCAACUCCAAUUUCAGCUUCAAUAGGAGCAUCUCAAUCAAUUCAAAAAAAGCAAAUGUUGACAAAUAAUGCAAAGCAAGUGAAAUUAAGUAAUCAACUACAGACUGCCAGAGAUGCGUUCUCAUUGAUUGCUGAAAAACAAGUUGAAGCAAAUUUUAAAAAAGCAGAUGCACUUACAACUAUUGCUACAGCAUUGGAGAAGUUAGCGGAUAACGAUAAAAAAAGGUUGGAAAACGAAAAACUUAUAAUAGAAAUCUAUACUAAAGUUAUAGAUAAACUAUAA